AAAGCUUUGUUAGAGAGUGGUAGAAUAAGAAGACCCUAUAAAUACGUUUCUAUCGCGACCGCCGCCGACGACGAUUCCUUUCGUUCCCGCCUCCACUAUGCUCCGUCUUGGCGCCCUAGCGUCCUCGCUCCUCUUCAUCCUCUCUCCUGUUUUAGCUGGGGUCAUCACCUCUCCGACUGGCGUCAACGGCCAAACCUACGACUACAUCGUCGUCGGCGGUGGUCUGGCUGGCUUAACCGUUGCAGGGCGGCUGGCAGAAAAUCCCAAAAUCACAGUGUUGGUCAUCGAAACGGGCGCGGACAAUCGACAAGAUCCACGAGUUUAUGACCUUUACAACUAUGGACAAGCCUUUGGUAGCGAGAUUAUGACUUCUUGGCCUGCGGAUCAAGGAAAACUUAUUCUUGGUGGCAAAACAUUGGGCGGCGGCUCAUCAAUCAAUGGAGGGGCUUAUACUCGUGGGCUGGCUGCUCAAUAUGACGCAUGGUCGACGUUACUCGAACCAUCGGAAGCAAGUGUAGGAUGGAAUUGGCAAGGAAUUUGGAACUAUAUGAAAAAGUCCGAAACCUUCUCUGCACCCAACAGCCAACAGGCCGCCAAAGGAGCUCAAUCCCUCCCAGACUAUCACGGGUAUACGGGCCCCGUACAAAUUACCUACCCCGAUGCUAUGUACGGCGGCCCACAACAAUCCGCGUUUGUGAACACGAUCGUCGGUCUGACUGGGAUCAAUCACUACAAGGAUUUGAAUGGUGGUACACCCAACUGCGUUUCCAUAACUCCUUUUAUGAUGAACUGGCAUGAUGGCGAUCACCGAUCCUCUUCGGCGACAGCAUAUCUUUCUCCAGUCGAAACUCAGCGCACAAACUGGAUCACCCUCACAAAUCACUUUGUAACCAAAAUCAACUGGUCCAACUCCGUCCUUCCAUUGAGGGCAGUCGGAGUCCAGUUUGCGCCUGCGGCGGGCAGUUCAACGCGCUACACGGCACUCGCGAGAAAAGAAGUUAUUUUGGCAGCGGGUGCCAUUCAAACGCCUGCCUUGCUUCAGCUUUCUGGUAUUGGUGACUCUGCCGUCCUAGCGCCUCUGGGCAUCACCACUCUAAUCGACUUGAAGACCGUCGGCAAGAACCUCCAGGAACAGGCAAUGACUACCCAUGGAGCUCGUAGCAAUGGCUUUGACGUUGGCGGAAGAGGGCCCUCAGAUGCGAUCGCGUACCCUAAUCUGUAUCAAGUCAUGGGCUCGCAGGCUAGCGCAACUGUUACGCACAUCCAACAGUCUAUCCCAUCGUGGGCAGCUUCUCAGGCCGGCUCGGGUUUGUCGGCAGCGGCUCUCCAGCAGAUCUUUCAGGUUCAAGCUAACUUGAUCAUCAACAACAAUGCUCCCGUCAUGGAACUCUUUUACGAUACAGGAUACCCUGACACAUUGGGCAUCCUUGCGUGGAACUUGCUCCCUUUCAGUAGGGGCACCGUCCAAAUCACUAGCACAAAUCCUUUCACCAAGCCCCAGGUCAAAGUCAACUACUACUCCGUCGACGUUGACCUCAACAUCCAAGUCGCUGGUGCUCGCCUGGCACGCAAGAUACUCACCACACCUCCUCUAAGUUCCCUCUCCACUGGGGAGAGCAGACCUGCAGGAGCCGUUCCCGACGGUCCUGACCGCGGCUCUGACCAAGCAUGGAAAUCCUGGAUCCAGCAAGGAAACUUUGACUCUGUAGCUCAUCCCGUCGGUACCGCCGCUAUGAUGAGGCGUAGUCUUGGAGGUGUGGUCGAUGCACAGCUGAGAGUGUAUGAUACUGCCAACGUCCGCGUUGUGGAUGCCUCGGUUCUUCCUAUGCAAGUCAGCGCACAUUUAUCAGCUACGCUGUAUGGUGUUGCAGAGAAAGCAGCUGAUCUUAUCAAAGCGGCGAACCCUUGAUUUUGGACGAUCUUGUUACGAAUUAAUGCUUUUACUGACAUACCUACUCACCUUCACAUCCUUUCUUACUGUGCGUAUCUAAAUAAUGGUUUGUUUUUGGACUUUCUAUGGACUUCUCUACCUUGCACCUCUACUUACAUACUCGCUCUGGUAAAAGACAGAACUUGCGAUGUGGAAAAACUC